CAUUUGCGCUGCGUGCUGCCGCCUGCCCGCCCAAAAGAUUCCACUGAACUGCUCCACACCUUGCUGUUCUUCUUAUUCCUGGCUUGUGUUGGUGGAUUUUGCUAUCCCCAGGCUGUUGUGUGACUAGAACCACCUCUCUCCACGCUACGUGAUAUGCGAAACACUUAGGACCUCAGAAGGCAUUCACAAAUCUGUAUUAACACAUCAACAAGUUUCAUUUACCAGGAAAGCCUUGAUUAAUGGAAAAUCAGAUUGAGUUGUAAUGGCUAUGCAUCAAGAAGAAUUUGUGCAACUCAAGUGGAAUACUCACCAGCUGGCAUUCAUUGACACUCUGAGCAGCUUACGAGACAAGCAAGUGUACACAGAUGUAACACUGUCCUGUGGAGACCAGUUUUACCCAGCCCAUCGUCUGGUCCUGUCUUCCUGCAGCACUUUCUUUGCAAAGACACUUGAAGUAUCUGGCUGCAAGGCUCCAACAAUCCUUCUACAUGGAAUAGAUCAAUCAACCCUGGAGCAACUGCUGAUGUUUAUGUAUGAUGGACAGGUCACAAUUUCAAGAGAGGAAUUAUCAAAACUGCUGGAAGCUGCCAAGUGGCUGGGAGUGAAAGGUUUGGAUUCAGCUCUUGACAAGCACAAGGUUAAUGAAGCUUCAAGUUUAGGGGAAGCAUUUGAUUCUGCUCCUUUCCCAGAACCUUUGAGACAGUUAUUUUCUUCAUUAAUUGGUACCAACCUAUUACAAGAGAACAUAGAAGAUGCAGUAAAUUUUUAUAAACAAAUAAUCAACAAAAUGCAAGAAACUGAAGCUGCUAAUAACCAAAGCUCAGAAUUAGUGCAAGAUUUCUCAGAACCAGAAACAAACCAAGAAGAAUCUCAAGACAUUAUUACUGUUGAAAAAUUUGAUGAUUUUCUAACAGAUCCAAAUUCUGAGGAGCUAAAAGACAACUCUUCUCUUGAGUUGAAAGAUGAUACUAGCAGCAGUUCCUUCCAUGGAUGGACAGAAGGUGAAACUGACUUUAAAUUGAAUAUAAAAGAGAUAUUUGAAGAAUCACGUGAAAUAGCUGAAACAAAUGGUGUAGAUUCCUCAAGUACCCCAGGGAAAUUUACAGAAAGUAGCAAAGAAAACAAUGAUGAAGCUGUGAACAAGAGAAGUCUGAAGUGUAAACAUUGCAGGAAGUCUUUCAAGAUUCGCAAAGACAUUGCAACACAUCUUCGUACUCAUCAUGGUGAGAUACAUCAUUAUUGCUUCACCUGCCAAAUACAGUUCUCAAAUAAGAAAGAGUUCGCUACACAUAUGAAACUUCAUAAAGCACCAACAGUGCACUCUUGUAACAUGUGUGAAUAUGUGACUCACAGCCAGUAUGGUCUUAAUAAACAUAUUCUUGUGAAUCAUAGAGCUUCAAAAAAAAAGUCAGAUUUGAUGCUUCCUAAAGUGCAACUUACAAAGGAAAGAAAACAAAAAUCUAAAAUUCUUAAAAGAACAUCACAAAACUCAGAUUUCCAUGACUGUUCCAGUUGCCUGAAGAGAUUUAGAGAUGAGACGAGUCUUAAGGAACAUGCAGACAGAGGUUGUAAAGGGAUAAUUAAAAGCAAAGAUGGUUACCACUGUCCUCUGUGCUUGUAUGUGUCUAAUAGGUUACGAAGUGUUGAGGAUCAUUUGAGUAGACACACAGGUAUAUACCGUUUUCGCUGCUCCUAUUGUCCCUAUCAAUGUAUCAGGAACUUCUACCUCAAAGAUCACUUGAACAAAAAACAUCCAGAAAUUAAAUGAAUAGAUUAAGAAACUUUUGCUACAAUUGUAAUGUUAUUGGAUUCUUUUGGUACAAUUGAGUUUUAACAUUUGGAUUGAAACAGUAUUGGCUUGUGAAAAGUUAUUAAACUGAUAGAGAUCAUUUGAAUAAGUUUUCAUUUGUGUACAUUGCAUCAUUAAUUUACCUGUAAAAAAAACAUGGAAGUUAUCUUUCAAUAUAGUGUUAAAUAUUUGCAGUUCAAACUACCAGUUACCAUUGGAUGUCAACAUAUAUGACUAGUACAAGUAUUUCAGCACUCAGCUUUCCCUUCACUAUACAAGUACUGCCUACUAUACAAUUCACCAUUAGACAAUAUUUCAUUUUUUUCUUCUUUGCUACCUCUUAUCCAUUAAACAAUUGGCUGUGCUUUAUUUUUACCAUCGCUAAAGUGCACACUCACUUGCUCUGCAGGCAAGUAACACACAAUAUAUAAAUGGAUAUGUACUGACAUGCCCAAAUAAAUGCAGCUAUACUUGUCUGCCUGUGGAGUGAGUGAGUGUGCAUUCCAGGGAUUGUAAAAAAAUACAAUUGCUUAGAUUUAUAUUGAGGAAAAAUGUGUGGCCCCAUUACCAAGUUAUUGUAUCCUAGUGACAUGACAGAAGCCAGAGAGUCACAGUGACUGUCUGGCAUGUGACUGACUAAACCUUGAACUGAACCAAGUGGGUCACCAGUGAUCAUGGAUGCAAAGACAAGAUGUGUCAAAUGCAUAAAUAAUGAUAGUUAAGAUAGUAUUAAUGAUAGUGAUAACAAUAAUAAGUACAGUAAGCCCCCGCACUUGGCGAAUUAAUUAGUCUGGCGAAACUACCGCCAAUUGCGAAUUUUGCCAAGCACGAGUUCUUUAUACCAUAUCAGUUGCCUAAAAAAUGCCUCAAUCAGUCUUUGGUCAUUGCCAAAGUCCCUCCUUUGACCCGUAAAAUAGCAUCUUUCGAACCAAAAUAAAAUCUUUUGCCUUCACAUGUACAAAAUAGACCAAUAAACAAUAAAUAAAGCUAAUAAGACAUGAUAUAAAGGCUGUAACUAACCUUAAAUAGAGUGAUCUUGAUAAUUUUCUUCUUUUCACUCAUACCGUACAAUUUGUGAUGCUUUCCUUGUCUGUACUCCCGUUUUUCCACCCAUUUCCCUCGUCCACUUUCGUCAUUGCCACCACCACCAUUGUCCUUAAUCCCACCGGUACCACCUGUUGCACUGGUAGAGGCCAUGUUGGUGAUAAAUUGCCAGAAUUCGUUCCCACACUAGCAGAACGAGGGUAGCACAAACAAAAUGGCUGAAGGGAACUCUCACAUUGCGUUCUGAUAGGUUUAGAGAGAAGCCUGACGUCACCGGGGAACCGUGUGGUUUGCUGUGUGGCCACCAGGGGACUGCCAAGUUUGAAUUCAAAUCACCAAGCGUGCACUCGGUGGUCCAAGGCUACCCUACUGCCAAAAGUGAAUCUUGCCAAGCUGAGAUUCGCCAAGUGCAGGGACUUACUGUAGUAACAAUAAUAAUAAUGAUAAUGAUAAAGGGAAAAGAGAAUUAAAUCAUACACCUUCACAGUUAAUCCCCUUUAGCUACAAAGGGAUCCUUCAGCCUCAGGGGAGACAGAGAUAUGACACUACUAUUUUUGUUUAUUCUGUUAUUGUUGUAUGCUGGUGUUUGUUUUGUUUGUUAACUUGUGUUUUAUUUAUUGCUUUAGACAAUUGACAUUUCAUGUUUUUUAAUGGGUUUUAGUGGGGCACAUGUAGAAUCUUGGAACACCUAUUAUUUGUAUUCAUCUUGAGUUUGGUAGCCCAUUGUUCACUCUGUGAUUGCAUUUCAGGAAAAUAACCUUUAACAGUUACCAACAGGUAACUGUUCGAGAGCUGAAUUAUGGAACAGCAACUAAAAAAGGUUGAGUUAAAAAAUUUUGUUAAAAAUUGAUUUGGUAGAAAAGAAGGCAUCCAGUUAUCAACUUUCCACUCUAUUUGAAAGAAAUUCAAUGGUGGUUAAAACAUUAUUCAUAAAUUAUUUCUCUCCAGGCACACAGUCCUUACCUAACAAGUAGCCUUUUCUUAUAACACUUCAACUUUAGCAAUAGUAAUUUAUUAAAGUACUUUUAUCAACUUUUCACUAAAGAAGACCACACAUGAGUUUUGGUUUCAAACUUCAAAUGGUUUGAUUACUUACAAAUCUUAUUCAUAAUUUUGGUCCCUGUUCCCUCUAUACAUGUGUUAUUUGAAUAGUUUAUUUCAGCUGCUUUUGUGCAGUUCCAUGUUAUCACUGAUACUUGGUUGAAUUGUAUGUUUAUGCUGCUUAUGAGAAGAGUAUGUAUUAUUUCAUUCUCUCUCUCUCUCUCUCUCUCUCUCUCUCUCUCUCUCUCUCUCUCUCUCUCUCUCUCUCUCUCUCUCUCUCUCUCUCUCUCCAUGUAAUCCAUCUUUUCAUGCUGUGCAUGGGAUCUUAUACAAUUCUACUGUUAAAGUUACAAUGUGAUAUAGUAGUCUUAAGCAUUCAUAUAUUAAGAUAAUACCAAAGUUGUGAAAAUUGCUGUGUAAUAGUAAAUGCAUUAACAUUGUAUUUCAUAAGUGUGUAAAAUGUUUUUUUUUUUUUUUUUUUUUUUUUUUUUUUUUUAAUUUUAUUAUUAUUAUUAUUAUUUUCAUUAUUAUUAUUAUUAUUUUAUUUUAUUUAUUUAUAUUUCUUUUAUACUGAUUAUUCUUUGAAGAUAGGAAGAACUAAGUGCACCUUCACUAUUGUUUGGACUCGUUUGCCUCAAGGUUUCUUAUGGCCGGGAGUAUCAACAAUAACUUUAGGUAUUCUGCAGUGGCUCUAAAACACUGAUAAUGAAAGUCUUUUAAUGUCCUCAUGUCUUAGUUAUGAGGCAAAGAUAAAUUUUUUUAUUGAUUUUAAUAGUGUGUCUGUGUGUGUGUGUGUGUGUGUGUGUGUGUGUGUGUGUGUGUGUGUGUGUGUGUGUGUGUGUGUGUGUAGCUGCCAUGUAUCAGCUAUGUGCCUUCACAGAAAUUUCAGCCUGGCAUGUAUAGAUAUUUGAUUAUUAUAUACAUAUAACCUGAACAGCUUAUGUAUGUAUAUUAACUUUUAUGUAUUAUAAUGUUAGUUUUCUAUUCCUUUUGUAAGCAGUUGCUUAGAAAAUAACUGAAACUGUCCAUAUUUUAGGAAAGGAGAUGGAUUUUAAAAUAUUGCCAUGUCUGUCAUGUAAGUUCUUUAUUACAAACAGUUCCAUUGUAUGAUAAAAAAAAUUGUAAUAAUUUUUAAAGAAUCUAGAAAUAAAGUUUACAAGCUAUUUCUUUCCA